CCAAGCUGCCUCCAGUGUGGCAGCAAAGGAGCCGAGAUGACGUUCAUCGCUAAAACCUUUUAUGAUCUGAGGGCCACCUCUCUGGAGGGAGACUCGGUGGACUUCAACGUCUUCAGGGGACGAGUGGUCCUCAUCGAGAAUGUGGCCUCGCUCUGAGGCACCACCACCCAGGACUUCAGCGAGCUCAACCAUCUGCAGAGCAAGUACCCCCAUCGGCUGGUGGUCCUGGGCUUUCCCUGUAACCAGUUUGGAUACCAGGAGAACUGCACCAACGGUGAGAUCCUGAACUCACUCCAUCAUGUGCGUCCAGGUAGUGGCUUCAAACCCAACUUCACCAUCUUCGAGAAGUGCAACGUCAACGGAGAAAACACACAUCCAGUCUUCGCCUACCUGAAAGACAAGCUCCCCUAUCCCCACGACGACCCCAGCUCCCUCAUGCAGGAUCCCAAAUUUCUGGUCUGGAGUCCCAUCAGCAGGACGGACGUCUCCUGGAACUUUGAGAAGUUCCUCAUUGGGCCGGAGGGAGAGCCCUUUAAGAGAUACAGCAGAAAGUUCCCCACCAUUGAAAUAGAGCCUGACAUUCAAAGACUGCUAAAAUUAACGAAGGCCUAAAAAUAGCCUCCGUCUCCUAAUGAGUUUUCAUCUGUAACUGUCAAAGUCGACACUCUGCCCUCCACACGUUAAGCCUUAAUAAAUGAGGGUGAUAUUCUGAAAACCUGAGGGGAUAUCAUCGGAAACCUUA